AUGCACGACUGCAAAAGAAAUCUUAUCUUAGAAAGUUCACCGAAUAUGUUGAGCUCUCCCGCUCAAGAGUCUUCCCGUGCACAGAAGAUGGUUGCACGAGCGAGCAGCAGCAGCACUGUUGCAGCGCGCUCGACUGCACCGUCGUCGCACCCGGGAAGACGAGACGGGCAACCUGUUUAUCACUCUGAGAAACAACCGAGUAGAAAUAGUCAUAACGCACCUUUCCGCAAUAUCGUAUCGUAUACAGAUAGACUCCGCGACAGAUUUACUACAUUACGCGGUCGCGACGAGGAGAUCAUAGACCGGAGCGAGAAGCUUCGACCGCCACUACGAUCGGAAAGAAGCCAUAGCCGAACAGACAGAAACGGCACGACACUCGGUCACAGACAGAGGAGAAAAGUCAGAAAGAAAAACAGGAUAAGGAGACAGAAAAAUUUGGUGACGAAGAAAGGUUUACGAGUCCGGAACAAGUCACACUACCAGGAGUACAUUUACCACAACUUCGAGGCGGUUCUGUUGUACAUUAACUACCUCUUAUCCGUCAUCAUACGGAGCCUGCUUGCCUGCGGCCUCAACCGAUGUGGGAAAAGGAGAACCGAAGAAAGAAGUCCUGGUUGUACAACAACCUCAGGAGCUUCAAAUUUAUCACCCACCGCGAGGACGACACGACGGCGAAGGUACGGAACAGUACACGUCGAUCAUGCAGCAGGUUAUUUUGAAAGAAGCAAAAAACAGGAAAGAAGGCUACCACAGCGUCCUGAUAGGUCGGAACCCGACCUGCGAUACUACCAUCCGGUACGAAAACGGCGACGGAAAAAGAAGAUAGAGGAUUUUUACCGAUCGCGCAGUAAUUUUUUGCGCGACGAAAUAUUAAGCACGAGACAGAAUAACAAUGUCACCGGAACUUCUCAGCAGCCAGCUGGUUCGCCAAACCGGCCGAAGGCCUGCGAGCGUUCCCUCCAGACAGACUCCACGAGAAUACUAUCUUCGAUGCACUUCGUUGAAAACGUAGUUGUACCCGAUGGCGGGCAUGAAGAACUCCAGGUACCGAGCCGAAGGGAAAAUGUUAGGCCUUUGCGGGACGUCGGUACUGCUGGACAGGCGCAUAAAAGAACCGAGGGCAGGAAUAAGGCGCGCAGCUUGUUUUCCUUGUCACCCGCAGCAAUGAGACGACCCUCACUAGAAAGUGAAGACGAGCGCUGGAGAAGCGGUCAUGCUGCGCAGGGGGUAAAUUGGCUGACAGAAGGCGGUUUGUCCACCCUCUGCGCGAACAAAGGUUCUUCAGAAGCGAGCUUGACGCGAAUCGCGCCGACACGCUCAAGACAGACGCCAACGGUAGACACAUCCUCUUUCACCCCACCAUCACAGAUUCCAGAAAACGACCUGAAUUGGUCGUUCGCUGACGGUAAUUUUACCAGCCAGCGAUCUGUCCGAGUUCAAGUUCCAGUUCCGCGGUGUCGUACACCGCCACCCCGACGACCGGUGCGUCAGAACACGAACUACAGCGAACUGGGCAACAAUUUUACCAUGCCUCCAACACAGUUGUUUAGUACACCGUGCUCAGGCAGCCACAAUUUUGUAAGGGGAAACGCGAGCGAGUGUUACGCGUACGACGGGCAGCACCAACUGCGCAACCAGCGGCAAGACGACUACGGUUCUAGGAAGGCGCGAAUCUUCUUUGAUUAUACAGGAAUGGAACCCUCUGGUCCGCCGCCGCCCUUUUUCGUGUACCACUCGCCCCCUUAUCGACCACUCGAGCUACUGCAGCUCACCAAAAUCCGCCCCUGGCGGCAACAGCGGGUCGGCAGACUAAGCCCGUGCGCUCUGGUCCACCGGCACCGCAAAGCCGUACGCAGGAGGAGGAAAAUAAGGUAUUGAGUGAUUUGUUUUUUCUACUCAGUAUUGGAGGUGGAUCUAGAGUAGAUACGCAAAUAGAACCCGCGUCGAAUUGUAUUCUUGAUUUUUUCUCGAUUGUUUUCAUCAAAAUCAAAAACAGGCACGGUUACCGGGUUGCUUAUCUGUCGGAUCAUUUUUCAAAGCGAAACCUCUUCGUCCGAAAAGAAGAAUAUCGAGACCACUACAGCAGGCGAGAUGAUCCAGAUAGACACCAAUUUGCGAGGGGACGCAAGGUAUUCUUUUGGCACACUUCCGCACUUGAAACACUGUGCCUUCAACAUUGUUCUUUUGUGCUUUUCGUUUGAGUGUGACCUCUAUCUUUGAACCAAAAUUCGAUACAGGUUCACGACGAGGACCCCGUGCCCCUUCGUAAGGAAUUUUUUACUACGCCGUCAGCGCGUCUAGGAUUCCAGUAUUGCGUAAAGAAGGAGCGCCCCACUGAUUGGAAGGCAGUGCGAAGACGCAAGCGAAAACGAAGAAGCACAAUUGCCGCAAUACACAGGAGACACACGAAGCAGCUCGAUGCCGUGAAAGAAAUGCUACGGAACGAGGGAAAGAAAAGAAAACGACGACGACCACCUGUUUCUUUUCGAGAAAUACCACCCAUUAGACCAGUUGUCAUUCUUUAUCUCAACCAGCCCUCUGGCAACAACGCAAUUUCAACAAACAAGGCAAAAUUAACAUUAUCACAUCAACCCCACCGCAAUUCAUUUUGCAACCAUCAUUUUUUCGACCCCGGCACUUUGUUUCCGAGGCGACGGUACAAGCGCACAAUAUUUAGCUUUACAACCACUACAUUACAUCAAGCCGCGAGACAGGUAGAGAAUUACGGUCCGCAGGCAACGAAAUUAGGAAAGAAUAGUAGCACCCCGACGACUUGUUGGCCGUCCUCUCUAAUGGCGAGGCGUCGCCAAGCACGACCAGCAUCAGCAGCACUUGCAUGCAACGCGGAAGAAAGGAUAGAACUACGAGGAGGCGUGUUUCUAAAACUAACAAUUAAAGAAAUGAUCUUAUUCUUCAUCCGUUUUGUGUUGCAAGUUUUUAGGUAUUUGUUUUGUGUAGGCGCGCGAAAAUCACAAAGUUUUACGAGCUAUCUCAGGACUUUUUACAACCGAAACAUAUCAUGUAGGUGGAGAUGGCGAGAAAGAGUAACCUCUUUACGACGACCAGAAAGUGUACCAGUAGAUGAUUUUUCGAACAACUACACAGAAAUUAAACCACGUAUAUUUGAGGAAUGUACUAACAUGAAAUCUCUUUCCUGCGAGGACCAUGCCUAUCCGCGCUUUCAAACGGUUGCCAUUCUCGCAACCAUGCUAACAAUCGGUUAUCAACCGACGUGACUCUUUUACAUUAUUCAGGGUAUGAUAUUCAUUGCCCCCACUUG